AGUUUAUAUUUAUACUUAACAUUUUUUAUCCGAACCGUUCCGCCUUAAACCGCCAAGAUGAGCUUCGAGGUGGAGGAAAUCCAGGUGAUCGAGCUGAAGAUGAUGGACAAGCGCAAGUACUUCCCCUUGACCUUGGCCAGCGGGCUCACCAUACGCAGCAUGCUCUACCCCUUCAUGCUCAUCAAGACCAGGCUGCAGAUCCAGCGCGGCCACACCGUGUACAGGGGGACCUUUGACGCGCUCUUCAAAAUCGGGGCCAACGAAGGCGUGUCGGGGUUAUACCGAGGAUUCUGGGUGUCCUGCCUGCAGCUGUUCCCGUCCAUGGCGUACAUUUCGACGUACGAAGGCACACGGCAUUACCUGGCAGAACACAUGAACAUCAUGGACAACAGCGUCCGCUCCUUCAUUGGCGGAGGAUUUGCGUCGCUUGUGGGUCAGACGUUGGCAGUACCGCUGGACAUUGUCACACAGCAUCUUAUGUUGAUGGGUCGCCGCGGGGAGAAGAAGCCAGGUGAGUGUGUGGGUAUGUUAGCCAGUGUAACCCCGGUGUACGUGCCCAGACUUCUGCUCCAGGUGGUGGCCGGUCCGCUGGGCGGCAUCUCCUCCGCUCUCAUCACCAACCCCAUCGACGUCAUCCGCGCUCGCAUCCAGGUGGAGGGCACCAAGUUCGGAGAGACGGUGGAUCUCCUGUGGAAGGAGGAAGGGAUGUGGAUCAUGACCAAGGGUCUCUCGGCACGGCUCGUCCAGUCCGUCACGUUCUCCUUCUUCAUCAUCCUCGGCUACGAGACGAUCAAACGCUGGAGCGUGUUGGAAGAGUACAAGGACAGGAUACGAUGGUGAAACGUUAGCCUGUCGAUUCCCCGUGCCCUAGUUCUUAUUGGGUUUAUUCUUUUAAGGUUUUGUUGGGGGUUUUUUAAGAUUUUUUUUUUUUUGUCGGCAAUGAUUCCUGUGAUGUGGUGAGCGGAGUUUUCGCGGAGAUCUCUGUGAUGAUCGCAGGCCGUGCGGUUAUUUAUUUUUGUACAUGGAUGUGAAAGUGAGCUGUUUAUUGUAAGACUCUGCCGUACGCCAUUUUGAAAAGUGAAAUAAUAAUGUAUCGUCAGAACUAUUUUCUCCAAAGUUCUCGUAACUGUAGAGUGCACUUGGGACAAAAUAGUUGUGAGGCGACGAUACAGCGGUGUGUUACGCUGAGCGGGGAAAAUGUACUGUGAUGGACCGGCAAUGGUGGCUGUCGGGUUGGGGAGUUUUUUUUUCCUGUUUUUGUAUAAAAUUUGUUUUGGGUUUUUUUUCUCGUUUUUUUAUGUGAGAUGUACUUUUUAAUGGACACACAAAUAGGGCGAGGCGACUAACUCAGAUCCUUAACCAACACCGGUUUUCCUCACUUCAUCCAGGUGGGGAUGGGGGGUGCCCGUCUAGACGGAGAAAGGUCUUGUCUGUUUGAUUGUGUUUGAGCGCGUGAAACGGGCAGCUUGCUCUGUAUACUUCCCGGAAAACCGAGAAUGUUUCUGAGUGGUCUAGGUUCUGCUGGGGUAAUAAUAGUUGUAAAACGCAUAGAGCUUGCUGUGGCCCGUGGAUAUAUGCGCUAUACAAAUGCAUAUUUGUUAUUAUUAUUAUUAUUAUUAUUAUAACAAAUUUUAUUAAACGGUGUAAUUGAGCCCUUUGGUAGUCCAUAGUGGUGUCUUGUUUGGCUAGGAUGCAGAUGAUCCUAGUUCGAACACCCGGUGCCGGUUUUUUUUUAACUUUGUUUUUUUUGGGGAGUUUUUAGCUCUUUUAUCUCCGCCAAGCCACUCCCAGCGGCUCGCGGUCGGAACUCCUGUGCCGGUGAGUCGCUGACAGCGGCUCGGGCAUAUUCCUUUUCGACGACUUUGACAUAGAAUUACUUUUCGGCGAUUUCCGAAUGAGAUAAAAUUACUUUUCGGCAGUGGGUGGUUGGCGGGUGCUCUGGUGUGGUUUGCUCCUUCUUUCCUAUCAAACAU